UUGGCGACAGUGACGUCCCGUCGAGGGGAGUGGGGAGGAGGAGGAGACAAGGAAGUUCCCGGAGUUUGCCUGAAGUUGUACCGUCGUCGCCAUGGGGUCCUCCGGCAGCCGCCUACCCCGAGACCUCCUUGGGGAAUACCAGGAGCUGACCUUCUUGACCAAGCAAGAGAUCCUGCUGGCCCACAAGCGAUUCAGUGAACUGCUGCCCAAGGAGGACCGGGAUCAGGCUUUCACCACAAGGAUCCCCAAGAGCAAGAUCUUGAUGCUGCCUGAACUGCGGGCAAACCCCUUCCGGCACCGCAUUUGCCACGUCUUCUCUACCACAGAUGACAGGGAAGGCGGCCUGUCCUUUGAGGACUUUCUGGACAUGCUGAGCGUCUUCAGUGACUCUGCAACGCCAGAGAUCAAAUCGCAUUACGCCUUCCGCAUCUUUGAUUUUGAUGAUGAUGGAACUCUUGACAAGAAGGAUUUGGAGAACCUGGUGAAUUGCCUGACGGGGGAAGGCGAGGACAGCAGGCUGAGUGCCAUGGAGAUGGACCAGCUCAUCCAGAACAUCUUGGAGGAGUCCGAUAUCGACAAAGACGGGACCAUCAACCUCUCUGAGUUCCAGCACAUUAUUUCCCGCUCCCCAGACUUCACCAGUUCCUUCAAAAUUGUGCUCUGAUUCCUCCCUACUUCUCCCUCCUGCUGGAAGAUGUCUCCAUCUCUCUACAGAGG